UUGUACCGUUGUUCUUGGGUUAGCAGCAGUCAAACUACAGCCAAAUCACAAGCAUUAUCCAGUCGCUUAUUUUUUAUCCGCAAGUUCACCAUCGCCGUAAGACAGCUUAGCGUCGACUAGCAGCAGCUCUACAUUAUUUAGUCUUCUUUGCCGUCGUUACGAAAUUCGCCAUACAUUAUGUUGCUGCGUCAUGUCAUUCCGUCAAACAACGAAGUGGAAGAAAUUUACAUUGUGAAACAGGAAUUUGAUCCACAAGAGCCGAACUGCAAUCCUCUACGAACUAGUUCGCAACUACUGUCGGCAGCAUUGUUCGUGAAUGAGGAUAUUGAAAUAAAGGAUGAUCCGUGUAUCGUACAUCCUAAAGGCACCCCCAACGAUUCAAAGCCGAGGCUCGAUUCGGACAACCGCUUCGAAGGUGAAAAUGAUAGCAAUUCGAAGAUUGGAGAACAAGAUGAUGGUCAAGAACACAACGAAGAAAACAGUCGUGACAACAAGAAUGGCUGUUUGCAGGCUGAUGAAAGCAAACGUCGGCGCCCAGCAAAGGAAACAUUCAGUUCAAUGAAUAAUGGUAGCGAAUUGCCAGGCCCGGAGUGUACGGUACAAAAUGAAACAGAUUUCAAUACGAUGAAAAUUGAAUACUUCAAUGAUGAUAUUCAAUCGGAAAAACAAAUAGCAAAACCAGAACCAUUGUCUGAUUGUAGUAAUGAUAAUGAAAUCACCGACUAUGGAGAAGCUGAUAGCGAUAGCAGUGGAGAUUAUAAGUUGUCUGAAUUGAAAAGGUUGUUUCAAACAAAUCAAACCUGCAAUUACCGGCGCGGACCAGGACGACCGCGCAAAACUGUUACUGCUAAAAAUGAUGGAAAUGUAGUAAUAUCAAAUUUAAGACGUUCCACCAUAUCGGAUGUGGAUGGUGACGGUGUCCGGAAUAAUGACAUGCAAAAAAAUGACACAACUAAGUGUUACAUUUGCCAAAAAGAUUUCUAUCAGCGUAAGAAUCUAUUGCGACAUUUACGCGUCGAGCAUGUGAAUGAUUUGCCAUUCAACUGCGGUACAUGUGUGUCGGAAACGAUAACCAAUCUCAAUCGAUUGAAUCUGCAUCAUAUUCAGCAUGAUUUUACAUUAAAACGGAGAUGUUUUUACUGCCCGGCACGCUUUUCCUGUGGACAAGCUGUCAGUCGGCAUAUGCGAAAGCUGCAUUCCACGCAAUAUGAUAUCGAUGCUGAGAAAAACCGCCGCUUCAUCUGUCGUUACUGUGCACAGAAAUUCACCAAAAAAUAUGAUUUGGAAAAACACGAAACAAAGCACCUUUUAGAAUUGUCGAAUGAUGCUGCAGACUUGAAACGCGAGCUAAAAUGUUACAUUUGCAACGACUUCAUGGGACAAUCACGUGAAGACCUCAAUGAACAUCUCUGUUCCCAUUCGGAUUGGCUGCCGUAUCGAUGUGGGAAGUGUGAUGAUAAGCUGAUCAAUUCAACGCGAGUGUUGCGCGAACAUUUGCGCCAGCAUGCGGAAGGACUUGCCAUUAAGUGUGUCUACUGUGAGCAGCGUUUUGUAUCAUUGGCUGACUGCCAGCAUCAUGAAAAACGGGCGCACGUGCAGGACAAGCAAGUACACGAGCUGCAGACAGCAAAGAUUCAGGCCGAAAUUCAUAACAUUAAAGUAAUAGUGGUUGACGGUCAGAAGCGGUAUCAGUGCAUGUAUUGUAACCGUUCUUAUACUCUGCUCAGUACGCUGCGUCGUCAUCAGACACUGCACACAGAAGACAAAGCAUUUGACUGCAAACAAUGCGGGAAAAUCUUCAAUAAGACUUCUUCACUUAUAAUGCACGAAAAACGUAGCCAUGACGUAGAUAGCCCUUUUUCGUGCGACAUGUGCGCUAAACGUUUCAAUGACACAAGUCGAUUGAUAGACCAUAGAAGGAUGCAUUCUGGAGAAAAACCAUUUAUUUGCGAGGUGUGCGGUAAAUGUUUUCGCAUUCGUCAGGUGCUGAAGGAACACAAGCUUAGCUGUUUCGGACCGGAAGCUUCUCAGUCGUGCUUUUGUCGUCUGUGCUCCCAGUCAUUUGAUAAUCUUUCAGCUGCCCUGAAGCAUGUCAAGAGUUCGCACGAGGUUGACAUUCCCGAUACAAAGUGUCGCUACUGCGAUUUGGUCUUUCGUGAUGCGGAAUCACUUGUUGAGCAUGAGUUUCGACAUACACUUCCUGACAUUAUAACAUGUAAGGUUUGCAAUCGUAUUUUCAAGCAUCACAAAAAUUUAAUGCGUCACGUAAAGAUGCACGCCGACCAGCCAGUUCCGUACAUGUGUGAUCUGUGUGGGAAAACAUUCACGCAGAAGGGCUCACUUACGAUACAUCGACGAAUACAUACGGGUGAGCGUCCGUUUUCAUGCGAACUGUGCCACAAAGGGUUUGUGGACAAAAAGGAGAUGCGUCGACACUACACUUCCCACUUCAACCCGCAAAGUAAACUGUAUAUACCAAAUGCUCACAACAUUGCACCCCCUCCAGAGGCUGGACCGACUGGUAAAAAGUACAAAACGUAUAAUUGCAAGAUAUGUGGCCGUCAGUUUACGUCGAGUUCUAAUCUAGCGAAGCAUGUGACUACUCACACUGGUGAAAAAAAGUAUAUGUGCGAGUUCUGCGAUAAACGAUUUAGUCAGGGUGGACAAUUAACAGUUCACAGGCGCAUACACACUGGCGAGCGACCAUUUGCAUGUGACACCUGUGGCGACAGAUUUUUAGAUGGGAGCAGUUUCAAACGCCACAAAACUCAUAAGUUGUGUAAAGCAUUAUCAACUACGGAAAGCAUACCUACGAAUGGAGAGGAUUGUAAAAUAGAUCAAACGCUUGUGACAGUGAUAGACAGUUUCCAGCAAGAUGGGGCUUUCGCAAGAACCAGUUCACUACAUCAACAAGGACUGCAACCUCCACAUAUGUACAAGAAUAAUGAAACAUGUUUAGUUAAUUUACUUCCACACUAACAGCACCUACAGGAUAUUGCAUUACGUGGUGAAUAGACCAUUUUUGAAUGGUGUAGACCAUUUUAGAAUGGUGUAUUCAGUUAAUACAUAAAGUAAUAAAAUAACUACAAUUUUUAACCUUUUAGACUUAUUUUCUGAAGGGUGUGAUCCAAGACAAAUAUUUACAUCGAGUGUAGAAUAUAAACUCAACACGACAAUUACUUUAAGUCCUCUUUGUAUGAUAGCGAAUCUCCAUGGUAAAAUGUUUUAUACAGUUAAGAUUUUUGUUCCACUGACAUACAUUGAACUUCGUAACAUGACGAUUCUGCAACCGUGUUGAAUAUUCUGAAUGUUUACUGUGGGUGUCGCGACAAAGUUGGUUUUAUCGGAGCCAAGUAGAUUUAUUUAAGUCUAGUUAGUUAAGGUAAUUCCCAAAAGACAUCAUCUUGUGUUUUAGUUUGUCGAUUCAAUACAUUUUUCUAAAUUUGAGCUACUUCUUCUUACUAAGUUUGAUACUUUUUUAAUGUUGGUGGCUUUCGGAGUGAUGUCUUAUCGCAAUCGGGUAGUGCAAAAGGCAUUUGCGCGCAAAAGGCGCAACAGUGCAAAAAGCGCAACAAUUUGACUGUGCACUAGCGUGGUUGGUAAGCAGGGCUCCUGGCCGCAUGGUGGCAGUCAAAAUGUGACGCCUACAGAAAUACCACAGAAAAUCAGGACAUAUGGCCUUAGUAGUCGGUCCUUAACCAACUCCAGAUUAGCUUGCGAAGGCCCAGGAAGCUGGAUUCAAUAGCCGUACUGGAGUAAAUCCUCGCCGAAGAAGAAGAAGAAGAAGAAGAAGAAGAAGAAGAAGAAGAAGAAAAGGAUUUACUCUGGGUUAAUAUUAAUUUUGCCUUACCUCCUUCAAUGAUUCUUUCGUCGGUCUUUUCACAUUUCAUACUGUCAUACACUUACUUCUGGCAUUUUGCUACAAAUCAUGGCA